GACAUGCUGAGCAAUUCUGUAUCGACCCUCUCAUCCCCUACGGUUGUUCUAAAACCAUGCAAGGCGGUCGCUAUAGCAGCGAGGAAUGUUUCUACGCCGCGAAAUUGGCGUCACGUUUUGUAUAGAUUUUCAUACUGUUCGUUGAGUGGUUUCAAUGAGGACGUUUCUUGACCAACCUGUAGCAAGGAAGAAAAUGUUACUUAUUUUGGCAUUAGCCAAUACAUUUGUUUCCAUGCAGUUGCAUGCUUAUAAUGCACGUACCCCUACAAACCACAGGUACACGCCUGACCAAAUGUGCGGGUUUGUUGACUACUUUUUGAAAAGUCCAAUCCUCAAUCAAUCAAUCGUAAAGACACAGAGACACUGCUUCAGUCUGUGUCUUGAACAUCCAGACUGCAAGUCUACAAACUACUUCUGGAAGACACAUGAGUGUGUCUUAAACAACGUAUCACAUUUUGGCGGUACCCAGGCACUGGAGAUGAUAUCUGGAAGUUUCUAUGCAUUCACCAAAUCAAGGCCUGAAUGCAGUAUGGGACCAACCACGGAGAAGACUCAGGCAAUAUGGAUUGAACAAGAAUUGUCAUUGGUUGGAAGGUCGAGCCAACUGAGCCCAUUCUUCAGACUUUCAUAUGGCCCUGAACGAGCCAACGACGGCCACGUUAAUACACUCAUGACCAGCGAGCCCUACUGUGCUCACACAGAUGUCGCCCAACAUCCUUGGUGGCGUGUUAACUUGGGAGGAGACCACUGUUUGGGACGCAUCACCAUUGUCACCAGAGGUGACUGUUGUGAGAAUCGCUUGAUUGGAGCAACAGUUCGCGUGGGUCUCAACUCUGAAGUCACCCGUAACAUGAUAUGUGGCUCAGCAGUCACUAAAUCUCAGGCCCAACCGGGGGCAUGGAUUGAGUUUGUUUGUGACCCUCCUACUUUGGCUCGUUAUGUCAGUGUAGAUGCUAACUAUGGGGCUGGUACUGACUCCCUUGAAAUCUGUGAAGUCAUGGUCAAGGAAUAUGUUCAAGAAAAGUAGCAAUGAGAAUUCGGUUUAUGACUUAAAUGCUUUGAUGAAACUAUUCUCAAAAUAAAGUUAAAUGCUAGCAUGAAAUUUUUGGACUGUUGUGUACUCGAGCUCGACUAGAGUCACAAUUUUUGGCGACUCGACUCGAGUUCCUCAUUAGAAGACCCAACUCGAGUGAAAGUUACUAAGACUCAAGUCCAAAACAUAAAAGCAAACUUCUUUGCUGAAAAUAUCUGCAUUGACUUACAGUGCCGGUUUAUAAUUAAUAUUUAUGCGAUGUGUAACGAUCAUCAAGAGUAAGAUUUCAUGUGAUCACAAUGCAUGUAGAAACCCCGAGGUAAAUUUUUACAAUGCCCCCAAAGAUUUUUCUUUCUGGUAUUUCUAGGUUUUGUUCAAAUAUUGGUGACUCGACAUAACUCGAGCUAUAAAUUACUUAACUUGACUUUUUUCGUUAAUGACUUGACUCGAAGUACUACGUUAAAAUGACUCGAGGAAGCUGGAGUGACUAAGUUACAAUAACUCGAGUCAAAUAAACAUUAGUGAUGACUCGUUAAAACCCUUAGCUUCCCAAUUUCAUGGUGUUGCUAAGCACACCGUUUUACGCCGACAGAGGCUCCAAGUAUUUCAUUGAGACUUUAAGCAGCAAAAGGUAAACUUAUCUUGGAUAGGAAAUUCGCUGAACGUUGUGUAAAAACAAUGGAAAUUUCUACGCGUGCGCAACCGUAAGUACAACCACACCGAGCACCACCGUUAAACAGUAUUGGUGAAAUUUUCUCCUGAAGUAAACAUGAAGUCUCAACUUAAGGUUAAGCAGCGCCAUGAAAUUCGGCCCAGGAGUACGGUAAGUGUUUAAACAAGGAAUAAUUUAACGCCCUUCUCCUCAUGGCUAUCUAAAACCCACUUUUAAAUAGGGUACAAGACACAAAGUUGCUAAGACUUUUAACGGGUUAAAGAUAAAGUUAUUCUUCUUUCAGUGUUGUUAUUAAUAUACAUUCAUCUCGGUUGUAAAGUGUCCUUUUCUUGUUUUUCACCUUUGUUGAGAACAUGUACUGUAGUUUUACCUCCCAAUGAGACGUUUUGCUCUCUGAACAAAGAGGCAAGCAAGUGGGAUGAGAUAUUUUCAAAAAAGUCAAACUCAAACUUCAUCGAUAUUUCAUCAUCACAUGGAAUUUCAACUUGCAAAUGUUCUACGUAAUUCUUAAACUAAUACAAAUAUUCCCUACAGAUGGGGCUUACUGGAAAUUGAAAGAAUUUGAUCUAUAUGUAGACAAAGAUGUUCAAAUCGAAGUCCCUAUUCUUAAAAUGUUAAUCUUACUCUCUUUCCAUUAUGAAUGCGAAAAUGGCAAAAUGAGGCCAUUGGUAAGUACAGUUUCGACGGUAAAUCUUUGCACUACGCUUUACUUUUAAGAAAUUCGAUCCUGUAGGGCCACAUUUGGUUCUAAAUACGGCCGUUGUGCAAGAAAAACAUGAAAUGUAACUUCACCUACAUUGUCUGCACUUUAGCAAAAGCCACACCUGAAACCUUUCCCUCUAUUAUCUACAUCUGUUAUCGCCUAAACUAUUUGUCCCUUUGGAUUAAAGUUCACAAACUUAGAAGUAGACGAAUUGUAUGUCAGCACUGAAUGAUUAUUGUCAAAUAAAUCUGAAAAAAGAAACAGA